GACUCUGUUCACCAACCUUAAACACAGACGAAGAAGAAACCGUCACCGUCACCGUCUUUUACUGUCUAUGCACCGGAGUGACAGAGGUGCUGGACAGAGAUCAGACCGUCAUAUCGAUCAUGAGUGGCCCGUGUUUUGUGAGAACGGCAGCCAGAAGUUUCGCCGGUGGAUCAGGACUCUUCAGACAGACUGUUUGCUGUUCAAGUAAAGAGACGGUCACACGAAAAAUGUCAUCCAGGAGACAAACUGACCAUCUAGAAAGAACUGCUAGCGUUCAUAGAGAAAUGGAACUUUUCUCUGCACGUGUUUGUGACAUUAUGAAUGAAUCUGAUUCAGUGAAGAGACUGAGACUGGAGGUGUCACAUCCUGACUUCAGCUUUCGUGCUGGACAGUGGGUGGAUUUCUUCAUCCCAGGUGUGGAUACAGUGGGUGGCUUCUCCAUUUGCUCGAGUCCUGGCCUGCUGCAGAGAGAGGGAGUGAUUGAAUUGGCUGUUAAAAACACACGCCAUCCUCCAGCUCACUGGAUUCACACUAAAUGCUCUGUGGACUCUCAGGUAGCUGUGAGGGUGGGAGGUAACUUCUACUUUGACCCUCAACCUUCUGACCCCGUGGUGGACCUGUUGCUGAUAGCCGGUGGUGUUGGGAUCAACCCUCUGUACUCCAUCCUGCUGCACGCAGCUGAUCUGCUUAGACACACUCAUGCUCACAGGUGCGCUCCAGGGCACACACACUUGUGCUACAGUGCAAGGAACACAGAAGAGCUGCUCUUCAAGAACACCAUUAUUGAUAUUUGUCAUGAGCGACCAGAUAAAUUCUCCUGCGAUUUCCAUGUUACCCAACAGAGCUCUGACACAGAGCAGGAACUUCAGCCUUUCACCAUUAAUGGAAGGAUAUCAGAAGAGGAACUUAAGCGCCAUGUAGAUCCUGAGCACACAUUGUGUUAUCUUUGUGGCCCUCCUCCUAUGAUAGAGAAAGUUAAUUCAGACCUGCAGAAAGUCGGCCUAUCGGAGGACAGAAUCCUUUUUGAGAAAUGGUGGUAGCACUACAACUCAGAUCUUCAUAGUGAUGGAUGCAUCUGCGUCAUCAUAGAAACAGACUGUAAUGUUAAUGGACCAGUAAAGCCUUUGAGAUCAAUUGAAGCGCACAACAGACGCUAUAUCUGCAUUCUCCACAUUUAAAGGAAUGGUUCUCCCAAAAAUGAAAAUUCCCCCAUGAUUUUCUAACCCUCAAGCUAUCUUAGGUGUAUAUGACUUUUUUCCUUCCGAUGAAUACAAUCAGAGUUAUAUUUCAAAAUGUCCUGGCUCUAUUUAUAAGCUUUAUAAUGGCAAUAGUCCAGUAGAAGUCCGAUAAAGCGCAUCCUUUCAUCAUAAAAAAGUGCUCCACAUGGCUCCGGGGGGAUAAUACAGGCCUGCUAAAGCCAAUCGGUGUGUUUUUGUAAGAAAAAUACCCAUAUUUAAACUUUACAAACCUUAAUCACUAGCUCGGAAUCUCUAAUCUCGGAAGCAAAGAGGAGAGAGCAAAACAAACAAAAGGAUUACGAAUUAGAAGUACAAAAAGAAAAUUUGUAUAGAAAAUGUGAAGAUUUCGAUAUAAGCCAAGAUGAGUCUGGUUUUCCUUUGCUAAACAAUGGAAUCUUUGCUUCUUUUGCUUCUGUAAACAAACCUCGGUUCUUGUGAGACUAGCAUCUUGUUAGUUGAAGCUGUUUAUAAAGUUUUAAAUACGGAUACAUCGAUUCGCCUUAGGAGGCCUUUAUGGGUUAAAUUCAAAACACAAAUUCUGAGUAUGGGUCACCAUACUUGGCUGAAUGUCACGUCACUUGUCACUUAAAGUGAUGAGCACUUUUUAUGAUGGAUGGACACAGUUUAUUGGACCAUUGAGUAUCACCACCCAUUCGCUGCCAUUAUAAAGUUUGGAAGAGCCAAACCAUUUUUUCAAUAUAACUCCAAUUAUAUUUGUCUGAAAGAAGAAAGUCAUAUACACCUAGGAUGGCUUGGGGGCGAGUAAAUCAUGGGGUUAUUGUCAUUUUUGGGUGAACUGUGCCUUUAAACAAACAAUUCUCUAGACACUGUCCUAUUUUUUUUUUUUUUUUGUUAUACCUCAUUUUAAAGAUAAACUCAACAAAUUGACCAUAACCAGCUCUGUAACGCUCUACAUUAUAGUUCAUUUACUGGUUAAUGGCAUAGCGUCCUGCUUCAAGGACAUCAUGAAAGAUUGCACACUCAGAUUGCAUUGGGUGUUUCAGAUAUCUGUGUAUAAUGUUGUAAUAUGUUGUUUGCAUUUUAGAACACAUAUUUAUUUAGUAAAACUUUUGGGGGCAUGGAAAUGAUCAGAGUUAUGCAAAAAAAAAUAUAGAACAUUUCUGCUCAUGAAUAUGGUCUUAAUUUGUUUAAAGAUGCUAAAUAUGGUCCCUUUAAAUUUGAAAUUAUUCCAUCCCAAUUGUAUAAAUCUUCUGAUAAAUUCAAAUUGAGAUUUUUUGUAAAAUAAUUUAUUGAUCCAUAUUAUACAAGUGGAUGGAACCCUCCGAAAAGUUGAUGCUUCAAAAACCACACCAAGUGACCAUGACAGCGCUCAUGUGACCCCAGCGGGAUGAGUCAAUGUCUUCUGAAGCAAAACGAUGGGUGUGUGUGUGAGAAAUACAUUAUAACUUUUUUUAACUAAACCAUAGUUUCUGGCUAAUGGUUUCAUCCACUUUAAUUUUAUGGACCCACAGAGAUUGUUUAAAAAAAUCUGUUGUGUUCCACAAAAUAAGGAAAGUCAUACAUGUAGGAUGGCAUUAGGGUAAAAGAAAAAUGAAUUGUUAUUUUGAGGUGGAGUAUCAUAGUGUCAUAUAUUGUGUAUUCUAAUUUCAAAUCAUGCAGAAACUUAUUUUAGCCUUGUCCAGCCAAGUGAUUGACCCCUUUUUUUAACUGAAAGGCAGGACUACAGACUACAUUUUAUAAUCUAAACUCAUAAACUAUAACUAUCUCCAGUUUCACAAGAAGGAUGUUUUUAAAAAGUUGGAUUGAUGAAUAAGAUCUUUACCAUUAAUACUGCUGAAAUGUUUCGAUAUAUUUGUAAAGUCACAAAAAAACCCACACUGAAAACACAAGAAAACGGCGAGCUGUUUCUGUAAAUGAUGUGCUUUUAAUUUGUGUGAGAAGCCAAUUAUUGAGAGCUUUUAUUUACACCAUUAACUGUUUCACAGAUGUUCAUUUACUGUUACUUUAUACAUUUAGACUUUAGUUACUGCCAUCCUCACUAAUAUAAAUAAAUGAAAUAACUGAUGUAAUACUUACUGAUGAAAUAAAUGAACACAUUGUGGAUUUUAUGCAUUUAAGCUAGUGCACGAUAUAUUGCAUACACUAAUACUGUAUGUAAUGCGAGUUAACAUCACAGAUUCACAGAGGUACAAGUCUCAACACAUUGGUCAGCGUUAAGCAUAUUGAGAGUCCAUCAAACGUAUGUUUUCACAUAUUUGUUAGAGUCUCUUGCAAUUUGUUACAGGAAUUCACCUUAAAAAAUGAAAAAUAAUGAGGAGCGGCAAUAUUCUACCAACUCUUUGCAAUCUUACAGUACUGUUACACUGUCAGCAGAUGUAUAUACACAGACACGGGCCUGACAAGAGUGUGUUCUGCCUGAAUAAACAGGAACGUACUGUUAUGGUUAAGUAUCCAUAAAUGAAUACUGUCAGCACACUCCAGAGAAUAAAGCUCUCUCUGUUAUGACCACACGCACGUCCUCAUGUUUACCACAUGUAAUUGUGCGCUUUAAUUCCUGAUUGCAGUUUGUAAUUCCUUCCUGUUUUGCAGGGCUGAUGUUUGAGAUGUCUAUCCUCUGGCUGUGGAAUUCCACCAUCCUUUCCGCUCGAUCUCUCCUCUCUGGGCUUUCUGGCAAAUUUUGCCCAUUUUCCUUCUGGAUAAUCUCACGUUGUCUCAUCAGACUUGUAUUUUCUCUCUCCAUUCGUUCAAUUUCUCUCUCAAUUGUUGCCAGCGGUGAUAUCUCCCUCUCUGGUGUCCUUUUAUUAUUUAAGUUCCUUUUGUUUUGACCUCUGAGGUGCAGUUUCUGGAAAACAUACACACAAACUGUCAGACUCUGUGCUACUUUUGAAGAUUUGAAAGUGAACUGACAAUUCUAUUACAAUUUCACACAGUCCUCUAAGACAGCUCUCAGCUCUAAUCUAAUUUUAGCAGAAAUGAACUUUGUGUCAUGUAUACACACACACACACACCAUCAAGUCUCUCCUCCUGCGAGGCAGCGUGGGUCUCUGGAGGAAGAGGAUCUGUUUUGUGGCCAAGCUUCCAUCACUAAAACAAAAAUAAAACAGAGGUAAUAAAAUCUGUAUCAAUUUUGACAAA